AUGGCUGGUGUUAAUAAUUCUACCAUUGCUACAGAAGAAGGUAUGGGUCAACUUGAGCCGUGUACUACCGUUUUGAAUAUCAUACUGCCGUGUGUUAUGGCGGUAUUAAUUGUCGGCACCGUGUUCGGAAAUGCCGUUGUCAUGGUUGUUAUCGGCAAGACGCCGGCUACGCGCCAAGCUAUGGAUUGUCUGUUGCUAAAUUUAGUAUUCGCCGGUUUCAUUUACGGGAUCUUCGUCUUACCCCUGACGCUUAUAUCGUCCGCGUACGGGCGAUGGACCUUCGGCCCAACGACUUGCAAGGUAAAGGGCUUUGCAACGGCUCUACUAUCGUCCGUGUCAUGGGGAACACUAGCGCUAAUUAGUCUGGAGAAGUACAUCGCAAUACUGAAACCCCUUCGUUACACACAAUUAGUCACCAAGAACCGUAUUCUAGCGUCAGUGACGAUUUUAUGGUCGAGCAUGGCAAUUAUAACAUUGCCUCCUUUUUUCGGAUGGGCCAAAUACGAUUUCAUUCCAGUAACGUGUACAUGUGCUAUAGUAUGGAGGGAAUCGCCGAGCUAUUUAUACACAAGUUUGUGUGUGGGAUUUCUGCCUUCAGCUUUGCUGAUAAAUUACGCCUAUCUGAAUAUACUGAAAGUUACCAGGUAA